CGGCAGCCAGGCCAUUCUUGUGUAUUUUCUUAAGUACAGCCACAUGAAGGGAAGGAUGCUUGCCGUCCUUCCUCUCCUCCUUACCGCGGCUGGUAAGCUCCCUGUUGCGUCAGGCGCACAGCCCUGCAGCCAGCUGAUGGAGGUGUGCACGGAGACCGAGUGCUGCCUGGACUACGGGGCCAUUUGCAAACAGAAAACGAAGGUCUGCACACACCCGAAGUAACGCCCGCCUUGCCUCCAAGGCGAACGCCUCCUUGUUUGUCGUUGGCAGGGCGGCUUUGCUCAGUGUCGCCCUGCAAUCGAGCAGUGCCCUCCCCCUGAUGCUGUUGACUCUUUCUGGUACCUCAGAAGCCGAAGGAAACAGACAAGCACCUCUGUUUGUCCCUGUCUGUCUCUGCCUGCCUGCAGGACUUGCACCAACCUCGAGAAGGCCACUUCUGGGCCAAAGCUUGGCACAGUGGAGUUUGCCCUCCUCUAUGACAACCGAUUUGGCCCCUCGAUGGAAGGCAGUAUUUACGAGAAAACACCACUGGUGCCACACACAAUGCAAGGGGCAGAGCAAACACCACACCCACCCCUGUGUCUUUGUGUGUGUGUGUGUGUGUGCGCGCGCUUCGGUUCAUCCUGUGCCUGCAGUAUCAGAGCCGCCACCAGAUCAUGUACCAGCAGAAUGAGAUGCAGGACUUCACCUUCCUCGCGACGGCUUCCAACGACACGACGUCGGUUUUGUUCGAGUUCCUCGACUGGCAACAAUACACCAUCUCAGCGACCGACGGCCGAUCGCCCAACGGUGAUCAGUCAACGCCCUUCUCAGCAUUCGGCAAGAAAGAGGCCGCCUCGCCGGAUGCGGCCGGCGUCCAGUUCCUUGGCGCGCCCCGUUGGGUCAAGGAGCUGAGUGGUUGUGGGGGCGACUAUACGUUGAGAGCGACUCCCUACGACGUGCACGGAGAGGCGGGCCUCGCAAAACACUUCUCGAGUAGGUUUGUCCGGGGGAAGGGGGAGUGACUCGCUCGCUCGUCGCAUAUCUGAUGUUAUUGUCUGCUGGCGCUCAGUCCGUCUGCUGCCGUCGUGUGAAUGCAUUGACUACGGUAAGCAGGAGGGACAAUACAACGAAUGCGCUGCGCAUCCUUCUGCCAACUGCGCUUUGCCCGUCUCUCCAUUCAGAGCCCGUGUUAAGGGGUCUCGAGUUCAUCGCCCUCAGCAGUGAUGGCACGCCGCGCAAGCCACCUGCAGCCAGCAGAGCGCCAUCUCCAAAGAAGCCGUCCAACCUCCGGCGGGCGCAGCUGACCGAUGAGGACGAUACGGUGGCCCCUGCCCAAUCGGUUCGGAACUCGGUGCUGCUCAAGCAUGGCUUCACCUAUGUAAUUGACACGACCAAGACAUUUCCUGGGGCCAACUUCACCGUCAAAGCCACUGAAUGCGAGGCAUCUGACACCAGCCCGAUUUCCAAGGUGGAGUGGAUUCUGAUGGACAGUCGCCGGAAGAAGAUCAAGACUAGCUUCGACGAGACCGCCCCGUAUACUCUGAUGGGUGAUGUCGACGGCGAGAACUUCACGCCUCUCCCGGAGGGGAUGGUGUUGGAGGGCGGCAGGUUUUAUGUUCGGGCACUGCCAUAUGAUCACGAGGGCAAGCCAGGACCAAAGGAAUUUGCGGUGGACAUCAGAAGUACGACAGAAGAGAGAGAAAGAGAGAGAGAGAGAGAGAGAGGAAGGAGGGAAUAGAGAGAAACAGAGGGAGACAGCCACCGCGGGUGUACGUGUUGUGUUGUGUCCUGCGAUGGAUGCUGUGGGUGAUCAGUUGACAUCGUAUCUGGGGAUGGCGAGAUGGCAGUCGAUGAGGCUGAGCCUGCUGAGGCAGUGAUUGAGCUGAUAGAUGAAGAGGAACCGACAGCAUCGCCAUUUGACGCAGACGCACAGACCGAAGAGCGCUCUGCCCCCCAGUCUAAGGAGGAUAUUCGCCUCGAUGAGGCGCCCUUAUCGCCAUGGUAGACAAGUGGUAUGUGAGUGUAUGUCGGAAGCUGAGCUGGAACACCAUCCAAAGGGCUGGGCGCUCGCGAUGUACACUCUGGAGAAGCAGGUCGUUUGGAGUAGGGCAGGGCUGCGUGUUAACUGCUGGUGACUACGGUAUUUGCAGAAAGGCUGUUGCUGCUAGGACUUGUAUCAUGUGUGUGUGUGUGUGUGUGUGUGAUCAUGAUGCCUUUUUUGCGCUGAUACCUCGGCGCAUGUCACCGUUUGUCUUGCAUUCAUGUCGAGUGUCAGACAGCGAGUGGCAGACACGCCGUCACGGGUGUGUUAGUGGCGGGGGCGGGUGAAUGGAACGCUAGUUAGUCGGCGAAAAACAAUCACAUGGUCUUUCAUUUCUGCAUACAAUGUUG